AUGAGAAGAUUGCUAUCCUCUCGAUUUGCGAAUCGUCUUCCACAAUUCGGUCCGUUUUUGUAGUCUAACUGAAAUUAUCUCUUUUUUGUUGAUUUCAGUCCGUUCUAUGUACAUCCAGAUGCAAGAAACGCCGAAUCCCAUGUCCAUGAAGUUUUUGCCAGGUUUCUCAUUCGUGAACAGAAGUUUUCUACAAUUAGAAGAAUCAGAUCGAAUAAUAGAAUCUUACAAGUUGCGUCUAAAUAUCACCACAACUCUUUCUCUGACACACUGUUUCGUCGUUAUCUGAAAAAAGCUUUAGUUAAAGCUUUUGAAGCAUAACAACUUGAAGACGAACUUGAAAAAAGAAAAAUUAUUUUUAUUCUGGAGUCAAAAGGUCCUGUACACUGUACACCAAGUUUCAUCAAAAUUUCAACCGGGGCCUGAAAAAGUCUCCAUUUGAGUAACUUCGUUAAGGAGUGACGGUGGUGAGCGACUCGAAGACCUACGACUUCACCUCGGCGGCGAACGCUCGUCAAAGUCCUCUGGCAAUGUGUUUCUGGCCCAAAACUUGCGCUUCUAACUCAUCGGACCUGCUUUCAGGCGGCUUUUCCGCAUCGAAGGCGUCAAAUCCGUGUUCGUCGGCGAGGACUUUGUCACGAUAACUAAGCGUGUCGGUCCUUUCCUGAAAAUGUCUCUUUCAGAAGAUAUUUCAGGACGAAACGGUCGAUUGGGCCCUCAUUCGACCGGACAUCUUCUCGACCCUCGCCGACUUUUUCCAAAGCGGCAAGGAAGCCGUCAAAAGUGUGGCCGCUGAGGCUGGAGCUGCAGAAGCCGGUCUCUUAACUGAUUAUUUUAAUCGAGCAUAAUAUUGUCAAUUUAACAAAGAGGGAUAAUGAUCAUCAAUUAGUCGGAAAUUCAAGAUGAAAAACAAAUAUCAUUCAAAAAUUUUCUAACAAGAUUCCAGAAGUUUUACCAUUAGAAAUUCAGAAAAAAAGGGCUCCUUAAGAAAUGAAAAAAAUUCCAUGAUUACCAAUUUACGCUUUUUACUUCUUUUUUUCUAUUUUCUCCCCAACCGAGAAGAAUUUUGAUCUAAAUUUAAGAAAAACUUAAAAAAUUUUUUUUUGGAAUGUCGCUCGCAAUGCUCUAUUCAAUCUGGCAGUGUCGAGAGAGAAAAAUAAUUUAUAUUUGAUUCAAAAAAAUCAUAGUAGAAUUUUUUUGCUUCCAGAAGAAGAAAACGAAACGGUGUCAAUGAUCAAAGAGAUUUUGGAGACCCGAAUUCGGCCGAUGGUCCAAGAAGACGGAGGAGACAUUAUUUAUGUCGGUUUCGAUGACGGUGUUGUCAAAGUUAAACUUCAGGUUUUUUAAAUCUACAAAAUCUAACUCAAGGUUUUUUUUAGGGUUCUUGCACAGGUUGCCCAAGUUCUUCAAUCACUUUGAAGAACGGAAUCGAGAAUAUGUUGUCGUUUUAUGUUCCCGAAGUGAGUCUUUAAGGGGAAAAGGUUAUACCUGAUUUAGUAUUUCAACUACUUUUUAGUUUUAAAAGGAGCAUGAAUGCAGUGAAAAUGAGUCUCAUAGCGAAAAGUCAAGUACCGCUUUUGCAAGCUUUAGUGGCCUCUAUAGGGGAAGGUAAAGUAAUUCCUAGAGGAGAAUCUUCAAGGGCCUCUAACAUUGCCACUAAAGGGACCACUCUGGAGUUCCUAAGUGAUAAUAGUAUUAAGAAAGCCUUGAGGGGAUAAGAAGAAACGUGAUAUAUAUCUAUUCAUAUAUAUUUUCAGGUAAAACAGGUGAUAGAAGUGAAAACAGACGAGGAUGACUUGGUGCAAAGGGAGCUGGACAAAUUCGAGAAAUCUCAUGGUAUUACAGAAUAA